CGGAAAUGCGCGUGGCGUCUUCCGGCUGGGAGUUCUAUUGAUGUGGAAGAGCCACUUGAGCAUGAAUUCAUCAUAAAUCAGGGUCCUGCAGGAAUGGACGGCUCGUACCAGGUGGUCAUCGGCAGCUUCAUUGUCUUCCAGGUCCUCUUUCACGUGGUCACCCCGCGCCUCUCGGCACGGCUCAGCUGGGGAUACAGCAACCUGUCUGGGGCGCAGAAAACCGAAUGGCACUCCAGGUGUGUUUCCACCGUCCAUGCUCUCAUCGUUGGAGGUCUAGCGUUGUACAUCCUCUGGUUCGACGAUGAUGUAAACAGAGACCGCAUCUGGGGGGAUCCCAGGCUAGUGAAGGUUAACAUAGCAAUCGCCUCAGGCUACUUGAUCAAUGAUUUAGUGCUUCUCCUGUGGCACUGGAAGACAUUAGGAGACAGGUAUUUCAUCAGCCACCACUUGGCAGCGCUGUAUGCCUACCAGUACGUGCUGGCUCGAGGUCUCCUACCUUACUUUGCUAAUUUCCGAUUGAUUGCAGAACUCUCCACGCCCUUUGUAAACCAGCGAUGGUUUUUCGAGGUGCUGGCAGUCCCCCGCAGUGCCCGGCUGGUGCUACUGAAUGGCACGGCCAUGUCAAUCAGCUUCUUUCUGGUGAGGAUCGCUGUGAUCCCAUCCUACUAUCAGCAAGUGGCGUCCAGCUUUGGCACGGCUGCCUUCCACCGCCUUGGCCUUGGUCCACAAUGUGCUUGGAUCAUAUCCAGCCUGGCCCUGGAUAUUCUCAACACAAUCUGGAUGUACAAAAUCGCCAGAGGCUGCUGGAAAAUUCUCUUCAGAUCUCACAUGCAUCGGAAAACGGAACUCAGCAAGAGUUUCUAAGCACGUGGACAAGACUGACCAGCUACAUUAAUAAUUCAAUUGAUCAGUGGCAAAUCAACACUGUUUAAAGAAAAAUUACUUCAAAGUCUCAAUUAUUAUAGUAAAUCCAGCAAAUCUAUAAAUGUUGGUAUUCCCAAAUAUAGACUCGGAGGAGACUAGAGACGACACUGAUUACUCCCAGAUUUUUAUUUCUGCAAUCUCCCGGAAGUGCAUCUCAGUUUCUCCAUCUUGCCUGUAUCUGAGCCUUGUGAGUGGGAGGUGCCUCGGUACAAAGGGGACAGGUGCCAUCAACACUGGGGCCAGCUCUCUCCGCCCUGCGCUCCAUUGCCAAGCCUGCUCACGCACUACAGAAGCCCGCUCCAGUGCAGUCCUGCGCAGUGGUCCCACACACCUGCAGCCCCGAGAAUGCUGCACUGCACAAUGCCUUAUCCACCCGUCCUUGACUGUUAGUUGAGCUGUGCUCCAGAAUGCAAACUGGAGUCAGAUUUUAUUUGAAUGAAUUGUAUCAUACUUUAAGGCAAUAACCCCGUGUCCCCCCCCCCCCCCCCUUGUAGAUCAAUUGGCCUUUCUGAUAUAUUCCCACACACAAACUAUUCCCCAGCUACUAUAGAGACUAUGCAGCCUCCAAAUUCAACCCCUCACCCUCACACUCCAGAGUUUUAUGAUUCCUGGUUCAUUAGUUCAUAAAUUUCAUAAGUGAUAGGAGCAGAAGAGAUAAAUUCAUAAGUGAUAGGAGCAGAAUUAGGCCAGUGAGCCCAGCUAGUCGACUCCGCCAUUCAACCAUGGCUGAUCUACCUUCCCCUCUCAUUCUCAAUCUCCUGCCUUCUCCCCAAAACCCCUGACACCCGUACCAAUCAAGAAUCUAUCUGUCUCUGCCUUAAAUAUAAUCCAUUAACUUGGCCUCCGCGGCAUUCUGUGGCAAUGAAUUCCACAGAUUCACCACUCACUGACUAAAGAAAUUCUUCCUCAUCUCCUUCCUAAAGGAACGCCCUUUUGUCCUCUCGUCCUGGACUCUCCCACCAGUGGAAACAUCCUCUCCACAUCCACUCCAUCCAGGCCUUUCACUUUUAAGCCCCGUCUAAGGUUCAUGAGGGAUUUGCCUUCCUCAUUGUAACGGACACUGACUCAAUUCCUUGGCCUUCCAAUGGUGAAUGAUGGUCAGGAGAUGUUGUUCCCCUAUCCACCAACUCAAAUGCAGUUGCCAUCACGAGCAGUGCACCACACUGAUUGUGACCAGCAUUGCUUUAACUGUUCUAGAACAGGGAUUUUGUUUUCAAUUUCAGCUUAGUUGGUAAAAUGUAGGGGAUUUACUGGAUCACUAUCACAUGUUGAAAAGAGCGUUUAUUGUUGCUCGUAACUAUCUCCCACUGAUAUAUUAUAAUUUCAUCCGAGAGCCAACAUGGACUCAUAAUUUGGACAUCAUGUCCAUUGACCUUUCAAGCAGCUAACCAGCAUAGUAGGUACGUGAAUGCCUGUUAAUGCUACUAUAUUUAUACAAGAUGUUAAACAAGGUUUUACACAAGAAACUGUCAGAAAAUGUAUGUGUAUGGAAUUGGAUGGGGUUAGAGUAAAUGAGUUUGGACAAUGUUAUGGGACUCAUGUGACACCGAUAAGGAUUUAUGACCAUGGCUCCAGGAAGAGAGGUCAACACUAGGUUAGUGUUCCAACACUGGAUGUUGCAGAGAAUGGUGUUCAGAGUGGGCAAAGCUGUGGCAGAUAGAGUUCAGUGUGGGGACAUGUGUGGACCACAGGGCUCAGAUCUGAGAUGGAUCAGUAUAUUUGUUUCAAUAGUGGAAGCCAGGAACUAUGAAAGAUUUAGGGAGUUGAUGUAUAGAAAACAUUAAAAGCUACUGAACAGGAACAGAAAAUAACGUACACACUGAAGGAAUGUUAGUCAUUAGCUAUGGAGGACUGGGAUGCAGUGAUAUCCAUUGACUUACCACCACAACAUUCUGUGGCAGUGAUUUCCACAGAUUCACCACCCACUGAGUAAAGAAAUUGCUCCUCAUCUUCCUAAAGAAACGUCCAUUAGGAAGAUACACUGAAACUUGAGCUUCUCCCAGUGAGUGUGUGUGUGUGGUGGCUGUAUUCAGUUCUGGGCACUGCAACUGAGCAGAGGAAAUGUUACAUAGAAAGAAAGAAAAUAUGUGCAGGAGUAGGCCAUUCUGCCCUUCGAGCCUGCACCGCCAUUCAAUAUGAUCAUGGCUGAUCAUCCAACUCAGUAUCCUGUACCUGCCUUCUCUCCAUACCCCCUGAUCCCUUUAGCCACAAGGGCCACAUCUAACUCCCUCUUAAAUAUAGCCAAUGAACUGGCCUCGACUACUUUCUGUGGCGGAGAAUUCCACAGAUUCAACACUCUCUGUGUGAAAAAUAUAUUCUCAUCUCGGUCCUUUUUCCCCACAUGUCCCCACACACAACUCCAUCUGCCACGGCUUUGAAAAAUCUCACACUCCUCCAGAGCAUUUCUCCCAUCCUCUUUAAAAUAAAAAUUCUCAACACCAACAUCCAAGGAGGUUUCCUUUCUUCUCCAAUAGCCUGCAUUCUGCCAUUCACUCGUUCCCACACUCAUCUUGUGUGGAUCUUGUGUGACUUUCAUGGGCUGGGCACUUCCUCAGCAAUCUCAUCCCUGUGAGGGUAGUCUCCACAAUGAUACCUAGAGAUGUGUAGGUCAGUUUCCCAAGUCAUUCUGGCUGUACCAGUGCCAUAUCCCUACCUCUGUAUCUCCAGUGCUGUCUAAAUUGAGACCUGACUUUCUCCCAACACACUGCUGGGAGGAUCAUAGCCAUUGUGUCCCCACCCGAUACGCAUCCACCUCUCCCUCCCAUACACAAACCAACCAGCCCCUAGAUAACUAGAUUCGUAGAAAGACACAAAAGGCUGGAUUAACUCAGUGGGUCAGGCAGCAUCACUGGAGAAAAGGAAUAGGUGACAUUUUGGGUCGAGACCCUUCUUCAAUCUCGACCCGAUAUGUCACCUAUUCCUUUUCUCCAAGAUGCUGCCUGACCCGCUGAGUUACUCCAGCUUUUUGUGUCUACGGUUUAAACCAGCAUCUGCAGUUCUUUCCUACACAUGACUAGAUUGUUCCCAGUCUCAAUGCUGAUAGUUUCAUGUGUUCUCCUGUGGAGAGGUCUCAUCACUCCCUGCCCUUUCUCACUAAAUCCCUCAUUUGUGCCUGGUCACCUCCAGCCCACCAGGGAUCUUUCCUCCAACGUUGCCUUGUUUGUCCACAUCCUCUCCCAGAGAGAGGUUUGCACACAAAGCACCGUACGGUGGCGCAGCGGUAGAGUUGCUGCCUUCCACCGCUUGCGGGUUCGAUCCCGACUACUGUCUGUAGGGAGUUUGUACGUUCUCCGCCUGGGUUUUCCCCGCUUCUUCCCACACUCCCAAAAACGUACAGAUAUGUAGGUUAAUUUUCUGGGUGUAUGUGCAAAUUGUCCCUAGAGCGUGUACGAUAACGUUAAUAUGCAGGGAUCGUAGGUCAGUGCUGACUCGAUGGGCCAAAGGGCCUGUUUCCGCGCUGAGUCUCUAAACCAAGCACACUGAGAUACGCUGCAGAAUAAUGUCUAUUGUCAGCUGUGCCUUCACACAGGGAGCUUUGCCAACACACAACUAAUAGUGAAGAUAGACAAAAUGCUGGAGUAACGCAGCGGGUCAGGCAGCAUCUCUGGCGAGAAGAAAUAGGUGAUGUUACAGGAAAGAGCCCUUCUUCAGACUCCUUUCUCUAAAGGGAUGCUGCCUGUCCCACUGAGUUACUCCAGCAUUUUGGGUCUACGAUAUAUAAACCAGCAUCUCCAGUUCCUUCCUACACAAAACUAAUAGUCAUUUUUAAUCACUAAAAUCAGUUCAGUACAUUAAAAAGUUGGCAUAAGAGAUCGCAGAUGCUUGAUUCCUUAAUGAAAAAGCAGAGUUGCUGGAGAAACUCAUCGGUGCUAGUUCAUGUUCACAUUAUAGGAGCACAAUUAGGCCAUUUGACCCAUCAAGUCUACUCCACCAUUCAACCAUGACUGAUCUAUCUUUCCCUCUCAGCCCCAUUCUCCUGCCUUCUCCCCAUAAACCCUUGACUCCCUUACUAAUUAAGAAUCUGCCAAUCUCCGCCUUAAAAAUACCCAUUGAUGGCCUCCACAAUCUUCUUGUUCCCUGGAUGGAGGUGAGGAGGAAGGUGUUGUAUCUCCUGUGGUUUCAGGUGAAAGUGCCAGGGGACAGGUGCGCGAAUAGACCAGGGAGUCACGUAGAGAGUGGUUCCUGCAGAAAAGGGUGGGGAGGGGAAGAUGUGACUGGUGGUGGCAUAGUGUUGUAGAUGGCAGAAAUGAAGAAUAAUGCCAAAGCUAAACCUAGAUGAAGGAUCUCGUCCCGAAACAACAACCAUCCAUUUCCCCCAUAGAUGCUGUCCAAUCCACUUGGUUCUUCAAUCUGAAGAAGGGUUUCGGCCCGAAAUGUUGCCUAUUUCCUUCGCUCCAUAGAUGCUGCUGCACCCGCUGAGUUUCUCCAGCACUUUUGUCUACCUUCGAUUUUCCAGCAUCUGCAGUUCCUUCUUAAACACUUGGUUCUUCUGACAGCUCCCCUCUUGUUGCUACCUUUACAGAUUUGUCCCUAUGCAUAAAUGGACACAAAGUGCUGGAGUAACUCAGCGGGUCAGGCAGCGUCUCUGGAGAACAAAGGAUAGGUGAGGUCUCGGGUCGAGACCCUUCUUCAGACUUUGUGUCCUUUUGUGUAUUGACCAGCAUCUGCAGUUCUUUGUCCCUUUGCACUAGUGUAAUGUUACUUUGUGCAAAUUGGCUGCUACGUAACUCCACUAGAAGAUAACUAAUUGUCUGCAAAGCACUUUUGGGAUGUCUAGGAAAUGCCAUAAUCAAGCCUUAAGACAUGCUGUAGUUUCCAACUGCAGAUAUGAACUGUGUCUUGCCUGCAAAGACAAGCAGCAGUAGUGAGCAGGUGUGCACAAGAUGAGUGUCAGGGGUUUGUCUCUGUUAACAUCAAUAGACAAUAGGUGCAGGAGUAGGCCAUUUGGCCCUUCGAGCCAGCACCGCCAUUCAUUGUGAUCAUGGCUGAUCAUCCACAAUCAGUACCCCGGUCCUGCCUUCUCCCCAUAUCCCCUGACUCCCCUUACAUCGGAAACAUCUUGCAUGGAACAAUGGCUAAUUCUGCAGCAGCUCGAAAUGACAAUGAGGAGGGAGACAAGGACAGUGACAUUACCUGGGGAGCUUGUCUUUCCCACUGCUGCACUAGCUGAGGUUUCUCCCUGCCCAAACGCCUUCAAUUCUUUUACACCCUGGCUCAGUUAUUUUCUUAUGUUCACUGGACUGAACUUGGUUCAUAUAUUAAAAGCUUUGCAGAUCAUUCUCUUACAAAUUCCUCUUCAACAAAGUUAACAGCCCACUCUGUUUAAUCUUGGCAUUUAAAAUGACGCAAGGCGUUUCCUUGUGUUCACCAGUAACCGUCCACCCAUCAAGCAGCUGAGAUAUGAUCAUUUUUUCUCUUGCAUUCUGUCCCACAUGUGCCUUGUGCUGUAGUAGCCAAUUCACCACAGGCAGAGGGUUAGUAUUUGUAGUGUGUGUACUGAAAGAUUGGUUUUGUGUUUCACGACAAAAGGACACAUGGUACUGGAGUAACUCAGCUGGUCAGGCAUCAUCUGUGGAGAACAUGGAUAGACAAUGUUUCGUGUCUCCAGUUACUCCAGCACUUUGUGUCCUUUUGUGCAGCAGCUUCUUCAGUUUUCCGUAAGGGUGUCAGGGGUUAUGGGAAGAAGGCAGGAGAAUGGAGUUGAGGGGGAGUUAGAUCAGCCAUAAUUGAAUGGCGGAGUAGACUAGAUGGGCCGAAUGGCCUAAUUCUGCUCCUAUCACUUGUGAACUUUCACCGUCCAGUUGACACCUGUGUGGAUUGAACGUAUACUUGGUGUGGAUAGAGUAUUCUACAAACAGGCCGUGUUUCUUUGUCUUGUCUCUGUAUGGAUUUGAGUAAGAUACCAGAUAAAGUCCCUUAUGGUCGACUAAUCCAGAAGAUUAAGAUGCAUUGGAUCCAUGGUGUUGUGGUCAUAUGGAUUUAGAACUGGCUACUUCAUAGAAGACAGGGUUGUGGUGGAAGAUAGAUAUUCUGGCUGGAGGUCUGUGAGCAGUGGAGUAUCACAGAGAUAUGUGCUGGGAUCUCUCUUUGUGAGUUGUAUAAACGACUUUUAUGUAAGGUUAGUUAGUAAAUUUGCAGAUGGCGUCAAAAUUGGUGGAAUUGCAAUCAGUGAGGAGGGCUGUCAAAUUGUUCAGUUGGAUCUAAGAUUAGGUGUAGAAGUGGGCAGAGAAAUGGCAGAUGGAAUUUAAUCCAAACAAGUUGCACUUUGUGAGGUCGAAUGAAAUGGGAAAGCUCCGCUCAGACAGCACCCAUCGUCAGGAUCGAACCCGAGUCUCUGACACUGUAAGGCAGCAACACUACCGCUGCGCCACUGUGCCAGGUAGUGCAGUGGCGUAGCUCGUAUCAUUAUCACUACAGUAACCAGGCUCAGUCCUGACAUCCGGUGCUAUCCAAUGCUGUCUGUGACUGCGUGGGCUUUCUCCAGGCACUCCGAUCUCCGACAAGCCAAGCGUGCAGGUUAAUUGGCCAUUGCAAAUCGACUGAGCAGGGGAGAGUGGUUGAGAAUGGGGGGAGAAUGGAUUUACUCUGUGGGCUGGUACAGGCUUGAUGGCCAGAAUGGUCUCCAAUAUCUUGAGGAAACAUGGAAAAAAUAUGAUGUAUUAGAUUGUAGUACAGUGAGAUUAGAUGGGCUGAAUGGCUUUCUGCACCUGAUUGAUUCCACGAUUACUGCAAGAUUUUCAAUGUUCCUGCAUCCAAUGUGAAAGGAUUUCUAACUAAUAAUCAACCUGGAGUCAUAGGCAUUGUAUAAAAUGUUAUGGAUUAUGAGUCACACAGUACUGUAACUUACUGCCUUUUGUACUGAGAUCAUGUGAACUGAUUGAAUAAAUUAAUUUGAAAUCGG